UCCAUGGAGCAGUCUCCGCGCAGCAGCAGCAGCGGCGGCGGCGGCGCCAGCGACGCGCCCAGCAGCGUGCUGGGCCACCAGCGGCAGAACGGCUUCGAGCGGCCGUUCUCGCGCGACCAGGUGAUCUCGUGGCUCGGCCACUCGCUCUCGGCGCUGAGCUUCUUCGUGGGGGCCGCCGGCGUCUUCCUGUGCACGGGCGAGGGCGCCGUCGAGGAGGCGAAUACCAACAGCACAGUCACCACAAUGACCAUUGUGGCGGUGGCGGUGCACACCGUGAACUCGACGAUCCUGUUGGCGUCCUGGAGGUCCUGCGAGUCGAUCGACCCGGCGGCGCCCGUGGAGGACUCGCUGCCCAACGGCUGGUGCGGCGUGCGGCUCGACGGCCCGCGGUGGGAGAAGACGCGCUACUGCGCGCUGUGUCGGAAGGCCGUGCCGGGGCUGGACCACCACUGCACGUGGCUGCAGACGUGCAUCGGCAAGGCCAACUACGCGCAGUUCUUCACGGUGGCCUGUACCGGUACGCUGCAGUUCGUGCUGCAGGUGGCGUACGCCGCGCUGUGUCUGCUGUGGCUGCACCACAACCCGCUGGACGACGCAGGCGCGUUCCAGUACGUGGUGGAAGGCUGCUUGAUCGCGUGCCUCGCCAUCUCGGUGCCGUGCAUGUUCAUGUACUUCGUGCUGCUCGGGUUCCACCUGUGGCUCAUGGUGCUGGGCUACGGCACGUACGAGUGGAUGCUGCGGCGACGCAAGGAGCAACGGGCCAAGCUGGAGGCCAAGAAGAAGAAGAAAAACAUGGGCGGCUCAGAGGAGGUCAGCUCCACCAGCACGCACGAGUCCGUGUCAAUAGAGUGCAGCAGCCACACAGUAGUCAAGGUGGAGGACGUGAACCCUGAAGAGCGCGAGCGAGAGCUCACGGUGCUGUAG